AUGACUACUCCGCGGCUUCAUCGUAGAACAGCUGAGCAAGAAGAAGACGCGUCUGUCCUUAAACUUGGCCCAGAAUUCAAUAAUGCUGGUUGCUUGCUCAUCUCGGAGGUGAAAUACCUGCUGGAGAAUCGGGACAAGGAUGCACCUGAUACUGUUGUGUAUAACAAGACGCUGGAGUAUGUGAAGCAGUUUGCAAAGUUUACGACUACAGACUCGGCUAGUGCUGUUCGAGAGACCCUCCGACGAGAGCCACUUCUGACGCAGUUCGAGACUGCGCAGAUCGCUAACCUAUGUCCCGCAGAUGCUGAGGAGGCGAAGAGCAUCAUUCCGAGUCUUGCAAAAAUUGAUGAUGACCGACUGCAAGCGUUAUUGGAUGAGAUUCAGACGAUGCGGAAGUUCCAGAGCUGAGGGCAGUUAUUAAUACUGCUGGCCAUAGCUCUGCGUGAUAGAUUGCUAUCUGCGAGCGGUUGUCUGUAUUUAAUGACUCAAAUUGUAUUUUUACUUGCAGGUCGCGGAAUUCGCUCCCAUCGUUGACAAUGCAGUGGCCUGACUGACA